AUGGAACCAGUUAUAGAAGCUGCCAGCACCAUUGCGCCAAAGUCCUACUCAUUUAGGGAUAUAGCCUCAAUGUACAAAGAUAAACUCCUAAAUAUUAAUAAGGAGCAGAUGAUCAUAACCUCGGGUAUCAUUAUGGCUGUUCUCACAUCCGCUGUUGUCCUUGGUGCUAUUUCUACGCAUGGAGAGCUCGAUAACAUUUUUGGAGACGAAUGCGACGAUGAGGAAACGAAGAAUAAAAAAGAACACAUAGAAAGAACCGAAGAGUGGAAAAGAAAAGAGUGGUGCGACUGGAAGGAAAAAUUGGAAGAAGACUGGAAGGUAUUUAACGAAGAAUUACAAAAUGAAAAAAAAAAAUUUGUAGAACAAAAACAACAAGAGUGGGAUACAUGGAUAAAAUCAAUAGACACAAAAUGGACACAUUAUAACCCUAACAUGGAUAAAGAAUUCCACACCAAUGUCCUAGAGUGUUCAGCAAAUUGGACUGAGACUCAGUGGAGAGAAUGGAUCAAAGCAGAAGGAAGACUAUACCUCGAUGUCGAGUGGAAAAAAUGGUUUUUUGAAAAGCAAUCUCACCUAGAUGAAUUAUUUGUGAAGAAAUGGAUCCAGUGGAAAAAAGACAAAAUCAUCAACUGGUUAAUAUCUGACUGGAAACGAGAAGAACAAGAACACUGGGAAGAGUUCGAAAAAAAACCAUGGUCUUCUAAAUUAUUUCAAAUUUUCCAAAAAAGAGACUAUGAAGCAUUUAAAGAGAGAACUAAUGAAGAAUGGGAUGAUUGGUUUGACUGGGUAAAAACAAAAGAUAACGUUUUUAUUACAAACAUUCUAGACCCAUGGAUAGAAUGGACUGACGAAAAGAGUGUUCUGUACGACCAAUGGGUUGAGUCCUUUAUCACCAAUUGGAUAAACAAGAAGCAGUGGACCGUCUGGGCAUGUGAGAGAAGAAGCGCGGCCGCAAAGGAAAAAGCUACAUUAACUAAAACAAAUUAA